AUGGCGUUCGCAGAGAUCACCGAGCAUCAAGUGCGAGAGAUCGGAAGGGAUGCGCUUGAGCCUCUUAUGUUCCUGCUUCAGAGCCAUGACAUUGAGACGCAACGAGCUGCCAGCGCUGCAUUGGGCAACCUAGCUGUGAUCCUCGAAAACAAGCUGUUGAUCGUCAAGCUCAAGGGCCUUGAGCCUCUGAUCCGUCUCAUGCUCAGCCCCAACGUCGAGGUUCAAUGCAACGCAGUCGGAUGCGUGACCAACUUGGCGACUCAUGGUGAGGCAUCGCAGCCCGGUCUCGACAGCUUCGUGACACUGAUGUUACCUCCUGCCCUGGCCCUCCGCAACUUGGCCAGCGACGAAAAGUACCAGAUCGAGAUCGUCCGCUUCAACGGUCUACCACCCCUGCUGCGACUGCUGCGCUCCAACUUUUUGCCCCUCAUCCUCUCCGCCGCGGCCUACGUACGCAACGUGUCGAUACACCCGCUCAAUGAGCACUCGAUCGUCGACGCUGGUUUCCUGCCCAAUCUCAUCGACCUGCUGAGCCAUCAAGACAACGGAGAGAUCCAGUGCCACGCCAUCAGCACCUUGAGGAAUCUGGCCGCGUCUAGCGAACGCAACAAGGCGGCCAUCGUCGAAGCAGGCGCCGUGGAACGCAUCAAGGAGCUCGUCCUCAACGUGCCGCACAGU